GUUUUGUCGUCAUAGGCAAGUUUUGUAGACUUCUUUUGCCCAAAAAUUCGUGAAAAUAAACACGAUUCUCCAGAUCCUUUCGUGGUUAUAGAGCAACUAUUGCGUGUGUUGUUGACCAGAGUACACAUACACAUCUCAUUUCGCCGAUUCGACGAAUUUACUAAGUUCGAAAACAAGUGAAAGGACAAAGGUCUCCCGUGGAACAUCUGCCGUAGCCGUAGAGCGUGUGAAUGCGAAUGUGCUCUCCCGUGUGUGCACGGUAUUCAUCAGUUCUUGCAAGCCUUCUAUCCCCAAACACCGAACAAUCCCGUUAAAUACGGUAAAACCAAUAGACGGAGGAAUAGGAAUUGGCUUAUGAUGCGCUCCCUUUCUUAUUCUGUUCGGUGGAUACAUUGAAAAUCUGUUUGCUGGUCGAAGCAUAUCAUCGUCGUCUGUAGGGCUAGGCCGUGCCGUCGGAGAAAGGCGCCAAUAAGGGAAAUGUUGCCCUUUCUAGAUGAGACCGACGAGCUCUUUAACUACUGGAUUCUACGGGCUUUGCUGAUAAUUGUUGUUUAUUUGGCCUGGCGCUCGACCUACGUUCGAGAAGAUCGUCCCAAUGCACAAGGUGCAGUAUUCGUCAUUGAAAACAAUUUACGCCGUUUGAAUACAAUUCCUCAGCACAGCGUAACGACAAUCAUUUUGCGAAGCUCAUCGCAGCAGUCCAACAUCUCGAACGUUACGGAGACUGAGGAGCUAGACCUUGAGAACGAUAGCAUAGCCUCGUCAAUCGACAACAUCACACAAUCGAUUCUAACGGAAGCUUCCGAGUCAGCAACGGGACUGGAUUUGAGCGACACAGAAGGUUAUCCGACUGUAGUAAGUCCGCACGUGGUAGUUGACACAUUCGACGACACCGGACCAGAAGAAAUCAUUCGCCAGAUGGAUGCUGGUGAUCAAGAAAGUAACGACGGCGAAGUGCCCAUAGAAGCAGAGUCUUUGACCUCUACGGAACUUCGACAACGCAAAACCGGUAGCAAAGGGCAAAACGGGCCCAAUAGAACAAAUUCAACGGAAAAUACCAACGUUGGUGCCUUGGGAAGCACGAGUAAGGCCAGUAGCAGCACAGAAACGAUGUCUGCAGUGGUUAAACCAAUACGCAUUAAGCUUAAAUAUUUGAACGAUGAUUCAAAGCUAGUUGAAGGUAACCUGAAUGAGGGUAUCGGCGAGUUCAAGCAGCGCAACUUCACCGUCGAACUGGGGGCGCAAAAGCUGGUUCGACUGGUGUUCAACGGACACGUGCUACAACCCGACUCCAAAACAUUGGCCGCAUGUGGACUGUUCGACAAUUGUGUUGUGCACUGUUUGAUACAUAACCAGAAAUCAUCACUUAAUGGCGGCGAUCGAUCAACAAAUGGAACAUCAAAUGGGGACCAUCGCUCGCAAAGUAGCAACGGUAACCUGUCAGAAUCAGGCGAUGGUCACGAUGGCAUCACUACGGAUGGUCGCGAUUCGAACGGACAUCCCACCAAUAACACGCGGUCCGGAACGCGGUACGGAACUUACUUCAUCUACAUAGGAACGCUGGCGGUAACGGCCGUCAUACUGUAUGGUUGGUACUGCCGUUUUCACUACGGACAUUUGUUCAACCUAAACUCUACGAUUGGGCUUAUUGUGACUACCACCACUUUUCUUAUUAUGAUGCCGACCAUUAUUCUAGCGGAUAGCAAUACACCAAACUAAUCAAACACGAUGGCAACGGUGUAAUCAGCGGCAUCAGAAGCAGGACUGGAAAGCACCAAAUGUUUUCUAAUCUUCUGCUUUCCUAAUUUGUGCCCAAUGUUUGUAAUAUCAUCCCGCUGACUUUCUUCAAAGGUGGCCAAAAUGAAUGGCGGAAAAUCUUAUAAAUAUUUUGUUUUUUUUUAACAAUAUCCGUUCGUUUCGGCAUCUCUACGUGCUUCUUGUUUUGUACAUAUUGUGAUCCAAUAAAAGACAGAAUU